AUGGAGAAGGAUGCCUGGGCCUCAUGGGGCCAAGGGGCCUCAACACGCCCAAGUUCGUCUGCAGCAAGACCAGCGCCAUCCACCCCAGCGACCGCUGCUCCAGGCACACCGUUCAGAAAGACCGAACCAGUGGUCAAGCCCUACGCCACGGGGAACCGAGCCAGGGCCCAAGAGGUGGCAGAAGAUCCAGAAGAGUUCAAGAGGGCGAUGGAAGAAUUCCAGAACGACAAGUUCGCGGCCUCGAAUCAGGCCACCCAUGGAGCUCGAGUGCAAUGGUGGACUCAUAGGGCAGCCAGCUUGGAUGUGGAACCCUUCCCUCUCACAGUCGCCACGAUUGACAUGGCAGGAGCGUUGUUGAAGGCGGGUCAAUAUAGGUCAGCGGCCCAAUACUUUGCUGCCUUGAAACGAGAGCACAUCCUGAACAGUCAUUCAUGGGGAGAUGACCUCACCCUGGCAGUCCGAGAUGCAAUCAGGUCCUGUGUGAGAGGCAUUGGAGCCGACAAGCAGUGCCCUGCCCUGGACCUGAGGAAGCUGGAGCACAUCAAAGAAGUCGAGGCGGUGGAAGGAGGCCCUGCCAAGACGGUCGAAACGGUCAUCCUCUUUGCCUUCUUCGCAUGUCGUGAGAUGGAAGCCGCCUUGAGGAAGGUGAAGCAUGUGCAGAUCGAGGACACAAACCGGGGAUGCGGGGCAGCCACGGAAAACGGAAACGUGGAAGACGACCCUCUGAUAGUGACGGACAAGCCCAAGAAGACCCCCACGAAGCAAGGCAUGGUGAAGGCUUUCAGACGAGUGGCUGUGGCCUUAGGACUCACAGAAGAAGAAGCGCAGGAAAUCACUGGGCACAUCCUACGACCAAUGGGCGCUCAGCUCAUGGCCAGAAAGGGAAUUGAGUUCUAUAAGAUUCAGCUCUUCUGCAGGUGGGGCAGUGAUGUGAUCCUGAAAUACCUGCGGGAAGUCCCGCUCGAGAACUCAGAUCAAUGGCUGGACCUCCUUGCCCUGGAGAUGCCGAAUGGGCAUCCGAAGUCGACGAAGAUGGUAAAGGCAAUCCAGAACGCGUUGGAGACGCAGAGCACACAAGUUCUCCAAGAAGCCAACCAGACCAAGCAAGAGAUCGACAAGAUCUUGGAAGAGCUGAGGGCGAAGUCGUUGGCCAUGAAUGAGAAGUGGACGGAAGAACUGUCUAGAAAGUUCUUGCCCAAAUUUCUGUUGAACACACACAGCCAGACGUUUCACGCUGUGAAAGAUGCAUUCACCACCGGUUGCGGAUUCGAGUGCAGGAACUCCCGCGAUUUCAAGUUUUCUCAUGAACCACCAAACCCUGAUUCCGAGAGCUUUCACAUGUGCGAGAAGGCAGGGUGCAUCAAGCUCUUUGAAGUGGUGGCCAAGGCACUGUGA